CACUGGCGGAAGUGCAUCUGUAAUAACGAACGUUCGCGCAAGCUCGGCAUGCACGGACGUAUAUUUACGUGCGUACGUGAGUGUAGAAGGCUAACGAAAAUUGUACAGCUAUAUAAAGUGGCUGGAAUGGUCCAUUCGAGCAGAAACGCACGAGAGAACUAACUCAGCACGGGAUUUUUUCUUAUAGAACGGUGUUUGUCGUUGACGAUUUGUUGUAGAUUCGGGACCACACGUCUGCUGCUAGCCCUCCAAAACUUACGGACCUCACGAUAUCAAACUGCACUGUACUCAGAAUGGCUUCAUUGGCUACGACUUCACUACUGUCUAUGACUCUGUGCAUAUUACUGCUAGCUAUGGCUACGACAUCAGUGUUAUCAGCACCAGAUCGUAACGCCCACUGCUUCCGCCAGCGUUUACCCAUCGGGCGAAGGGGCAAGUGCACUGACGAGAUACUGGUUCCCGCUAACGUGACCGUCUUGGAUCCUAAGGAGUGCUGCCGCUUGGGCGGCAGUGGCUGGUCCGAGAAAUCCAACGGGAAACGGUGCCUGGAUGCUUGUCUUGAGCCUGAGCCUGAACUUCCCAGGCCGAUAGGCGGAGGGGUUGACUCCAUCAUGGAGUCAUUGGAACCCAUCCUGGGGUCGAUGGAACGCGUGGAUGUACAGCAACUCUCAAAUGAUAAUUUGACUUGGAGUGAGUGGGGAUCGUGGUCGAACUGCUCAGCACUAUGCGGAGCCGGUAAUAUCACACGAAGGCGAACUUGUCUACCAGAGAAUGCCUGCAACGAGACGAUUGAGGAGGAGACUAUCCAAUGCGACACCAAUGUUACCUGUCUAGCGCCUCGCCCGGUGCACGGUCGGUGGACUGGCUGGAGUGAAUGGUCCGAGUGCGACCUUGUCGACCCUUGCAACUCCUUCCAGACGAGUACCCGUACUUGCACCGAUCCUCCCCCGUCAAAUGGCGGCCGGCCCUGCCGCGGCCCCUCCACGAGGACUCGUCCCUGCAACCUACCACGCUGUGCUGCUAUAGGUGGCUGGUCAGCUUGGAGUGAAUGGUCGGCUUGCUCCGCCACAUCCUGUGGGGAGAGAGGAAUCACCUCAAGAACCAGAGUCUGCGACGGGGAUAGCUGUGUUGGGUUGUUCCUGGAUUGGGAAUUUUGCACGUUACCAGCAUGCAGCGUGCUGGGCUACUAGCUUUCCAUCCAACACUUCACAGCAGGCCGGCCGAACGGGACGGGCUUGGCCUGGGGCUAGCGACGGUCUCCAUGUUCGUCGGGGAAUUGUCACUGUUCUCCCUUCACAUAAAGUCUGAGUACCGGUCUUGGGAAAGUAUCUUCUACUUCUCCAACCCAUUUUCAAGAGAGGUUUAAUCAAUCAAGUAAUAAAUGGAUUAACUAUUAAUCAAUGACUGCACACGAAAACCCUAAAAGCCUUUAAAAAUGAAUUCGUCUCCAAUUAAAACCAACCUGCAUUAUUUUAUUCAUUGUAGGAUUCAGGUCAGGCCAGCCGUGGGCAUCAUGCACGAGUUGUGGCCAUUAUUGUCGAGUUCCCUGAAUGCAUUUCAUUAAUUGUUAACUGUUGAAUAAGAUGGUGCCAGACUGAUGCAGGCAUAAUGCAGCCUUAUUUUACUGUCGUGUUUUUUUUUAUCUGGCUUAACAUUAGGGAAUGUUUAUGAUUAUGAUAUUUGAUAUUCUUAAUUGAAGCAGACUGGAAUUAAUCAGAAAUUAGUUUGCUUUCAUUUCUCCUCGCAAGUUCCAAAACUUAGGAUUUGACCUCACUUUCAAUUCAAUAUGGCCGACUCGCGUAUAAGGCCUGUGGAAGAAGAAAAGGUAUUUUAUUGGGGAGCCGAGCUGCAUUGAGACCCGGAUGGUUACAAAGCUAGUACAGCACCAACACCGAUGAUCUUAUCUAAAUUAUCUUAAAAGGGUAUCUUAAGAAUAUUUGUCUGAGUGUGAAGUCGGUCAUGUUUUAAAGUAAAUUGUAUUUUUAUUGUAAAAAAAAAGGUGACUUUAUUUUAUUACAUACCAAAGAAAAGUGUAUCUGAAAGCCAGGAGAUUGAUGUCCGCAGUGGAAUGCGGGUGUAGGAAAGAUUGUAGUUUUAUUUGCACGGUAGUAUGACAUAUUUUAGUUUGUACGAUAAAACAAUACUUCUUUAGUACAGUAACAGUUAUACAGCCGGUUUUUGGCAUGGUCAUCAGUCGCUAGUUAUAGUUUUGGGCAUCUCGUUAAGCAGCUGUGUAACGCCCUCUAUGAAUCAUUAAUUCAACUAUUCAAAUUAUUUAUGCUAUCGUUUGUGUAAAAGUCACGUCAUCCUCAGUUAUACUACUAGAUACACAAUUGUAAUUUUAUAAUUGGUCAUUGUAUUCCCAUGUUUUGAAGUAUUUAAGAGUUUUUGCUCAAAUUCUCUUGUGUUUAACUGUAUGUGUAUAUUGCUAGUACAUAUCUGAAGAAAAUAAUGUAUUUUGUUCGCUGAAAUUACUGCCUUCAAAACACAUUCGUGUUAACGGUCAGUUUCUGUCAUGCGAAUUAAAUUGCGUUACAGCUGAAACAAAAAUUUGUCAAAACUAUGUUCAUUUUUAAUCUAAUAAACGAAUGAUUUCCAAGGGCCCAUGACAUAAAUUUGAAUUUAAAUAAAGUUUCUACUCAUUUAAAAUGUAUGAAAACAACUUGACAUCCCUUUUUGGGUAAUCUUAUUGAAAAGUGCACUUCUUUUAAAAAAAAAAUAAUAAUAAUAAAAUAAAAUUCUAUGCUUCUUCGGUUAAUGAGGGUGUUGUUGCUGCUGUGAUAUCACUUCAGGAAGACACUCUUCAGUUUAGGGGUAUUCUGUUCCAAUUGCGCGCGAACCCAAUAUUUGUUCAUUGAAAACGGCGUCACUUCGUGAGAAAACUUUGCUCAUUGGCUUACUGUCAUGUACUGAAAUAACAAAUCAAUAAAGAAAAGAAAAUCUGCGUCAGCAAAAUAUCAAAGUUCUGGCAAAUUUUUGUUCUGAAAUAGCCAAAACAUUGAGUUUUCCGCCUGAAAUGACAUCACAGUUUUGCUCAUGAAUAUGCAACUUUGCAUUAGCAUAAAAACCAAAAGGUUACCAAAAUGCCCUUAAAAAGAAGGCAAAAUGAAAAUCAAAAAAAUAAGGUUAAAUGGGACACAUUUAAACCGCAUUUAAAACAUGUCAUUACAUGGGCCUUUUAACUUUAUAUUUCCGCAUUUUCGUUUUGUACCAAAGAUCGCAAAAUUACGAACGUGUUUCAAAUUUGAGAUUGUUUGUUUAUCUCUUCAGUAACAAAUUACAACUUACUGUUUUUGUGACAGGAGGUCACAUUGAUUAAAUACAAAUAAAUUAUGU